CUGGCCUUCAGACAAACAAACAUAAGCUUCAAUUCUGGCCGGGCGAUUUUCCCGCCAGCAUUUGAGUUGAAGAUGGAAGUUUCAACAUAUGAUUAUGAAUACAGUUCUGAAACUUACUCAACUGCCCCACCGUGUACUUUGGAUAGUGUCAACAAUCUGGGAGCUCAGCUAUCCAUCCUCUUCUACUUUAUGUUUCUCUUCAGUUUCCUGGGCAAUGGGCUGGUCAUAUUCAUCAUCCAUCGGUUUGAAAAGCUGACCACUGUGACCAACAUCUUGCUGCUGAACCUGGUGGUGUCCUCCAUGAUCUUCAUGAGCAGCCUUCCCUUCACGGGAGUCUACUUGCAGCUCUCCCACUGGAUCUUCGGCAAGGCAUUGUGUAAGGUUGUUGGCACCGUCUACUAUCUGGGCUUCUACAGCUCCGUCCUCUUUCUAACCCUUUUGACCUUCGACCGACACCUUGCAGUUGUGUACUCCUUGGGCGCGUUGCAGUUGAGGAGUCGAAGCUAUGCUGCAGUCUCCUGCGCUGUGGUUUGGCUGGUCAGCAGCCUGGCAUGCAUCAGGCCGAUGAUGAUCCACACCACUUUCACAUAUAUCGACAACUUAACGUAUUGUCAGGAGUAUCCUGGUGAAACUUUUAUUGAUAUGAAUCUGCUGAAUAAGUUUGGAUUUUACAUCGAGUUGAUCCUUUUCUUGAUCUUUCCUCUUGUUGUUAUCAGCUACUGCUAUGUUAGGAUUGCCAUCACUGUCAUGUCAUCCAAGAUAAUUACCAAGUUCAAGACAGUCAGGUUAAUAUUUUUCAUUGUCCUGCUAUUUUUUCUGUGCUGGACCCCAUUCAAUAUUGUAAAGCUGAUUCAUGAUGAAGCCAUUACCUGUGAGAAAAAGCUGAAAAUGGGUUAUGCUCUUGAAGUCACUCGUGUCAUGGCCUACUUUUACUUUUGCUCCAGUCCCAUCUUCUACACGUUUGUUGGGAGAAAGUUCCAGAACCAUUUCAGACAGUUGCUGGUGAAACAUUUCCCGUGGUUGAAGAACAAGGUUUCUGUCAGUCAACAGAGCAGAACCAAUAUGUCUACAAAAAGUACACGUAAUGAGCUCUAAGAAUGGGAAGCCCUUUGUUUCUCAGGACUGCCAUGUGUCCAACAAACCAAUGGUUAAAAACAUUCUGGUACAUAUCAAUAUCUAGGACUAGGCCACUUUCAUUAUGUUGCUAAUUUCAGGGUUCUUAAGCUCAUGUCACCUCUUUAUUUGACAUCAGGAUACAAAAAUAAAUGAUAAAUGUAGACUACAGAGGUAAGUUAAGCUGAGAUAUCACAAAAGAUGGUUCCAUACAGAAAAACACGCCA